GACGCUGCGUCUGUUUCAUAGAGUGAGCUUCUCGCGAGGUAGAACCACGCUGCACGACCACAACCGGAAACCCCGCCGUGCGGAUCUGCAGUCAACGAAACCGCAGGGAACGAAGAAACGAAAAUCGAAAACCCAUUCGAAUCGGCCAGACGAAACCAGAGAGUCAUGAAGUUAGUGAUAGUGUUAGCAGUAUUGUGCUGCUUGGCAUUAGGGGGAUUUGCGUCGCCCCUGCCAAAAUCUACGGCAACUGACUCUGCUGGGGUCGAAUCAAAGGUCGUUGGAAGACAAGCCGCACCUUCUCCAGUCGCUGCAGAUGACGACGAUGACGACGACGACGACGACGACGACGGGGAUGAUAUUUUAGGCAUCGAUGACGGAAUCGUUGACGACGACGACGACGAUGAUGACGACGACGACGACGAUGAUGAUGACGACGACGAAGAAGAUGACAUCUUCCGUUUCUUCGAGGAUAUCAUUACAGGUGAAGAAGAUGACGACGACGAUGACGACGACCAGCCUAGCUCUGCGGCUGCGGAUCCCAUCGCAGCAGCAAACCCGGUUCAAACUCUAUCGGCAAAUCCGAUCGCUCAACCUAUCCAGCCAUUUGUCCCUCCUGCUGUCGUUGAAGACUUGAACGCUGCGGUCGAAGAAGCCGGAUCAAAUGGCUCUGAGAACGAAGAAUUCGACGAGGAGGCUGCCGAUGAACAAGCGGCGAGCAGUAUCGUCGAAGCAAAUGAAGAAGGUGCACAAUCGGUCCCAUUAGCUGCCGAUGUUCCGGCAGUCGUCGCCUCACCCGUUGCCGUAGCGGAGGGAAACGCGGAAAGUGACGAUGACGAUGACGAUGACGACGACGACGAUGAAUUAGGCCUCGAAGAAGGCAUCGUAGACGAAGACGAUGACGAUGAUGACGCUACUGACGAUGACGAUGACGACGACGACGACGAUGAUGAUAUACCAGACCUCACCGAGGCCAGGCGAGCACGCGCGAUGUCGACCACAUCGAGUAACCACGUGCCAGCGAUUUACAUCGCCAAGUAUAACCGUUUCGUCGACAAUAUCUUGGGACGCAUUAACAAAAUUCUUCGUACCAACUACAACCCUGUGACCGUAAAACUGACGAAUCCCAAUGCUAAUUCAAAGUCAAGCAAGAAGAAGUCUAAGGGAAAAGGCAAAAAAGGUACGAAGAACUCGACGAAGAAGAGCGAUGACAGAGGUACCGAAAAAAGUGCUCCUUCAACCGCGAAUAACAACGCGAAUUCUGCAAACAGCAGUUUGAUCAGCAAUAAAUUAGAAUCAUCUACGCCGAUGAAGACUGAGGAUAUCAGGAAUCCUGCCGAGGUUGAAACCACGACCCUCAAAGACCUAGCUUCUGCAUCUACGCAGAAUGCUCUGCCUACAAAUCGAGUGGCGAGUAGAGCUACUGCAACUGGUAGCAAUAAAAAAAAUAAGAGGAAAUCUUCGACCAAGAAAAACAAGACUAAAGCUUCGAAGAGUAAACCGAAAGCCAAAGCUACUCUGUAUGGAUUAUCAUCCCUACAACGAGUUGGUGACGUUUCCGUUAACAUGAUGAGCGAUCACACUACGGUAAGGACGAAAUUUUCGUUGGGUCCCCUCACUCUUAAGGUUGAAAAAGAAUUCGGAAGGUCCGGUAAAAAGGAACUGAGGAGUGCAACCGCAACAACCGCGGAAAUGUCGGGAAAAUUGAAUCUCAGAGUUCUUCAUGGUGGUGCUGCUACUCUGCACUCUAUUCGUGUUCUACAACCAAAACAGGUACGCAUCGAGAGCGCCGAUGACCAUGACCGAACCCGUGAAUUCGUUUGGAAAAGAUCUUCACAUAUCGCACAUGUUGUAUCACAAAAACUAUCAUCGGCUACCAAGUCCAUGCUACGUCCACCACCGACUGCUGUAAGAGCUGCUUAAUUACACGGCAGAAAAUCUUUUCGGUUACUGUAUGUGUCAGAUGGAGUUGAGGAAAUGGAACGAGAAAUGAAAGAAUGCUUGACGAUUUUAUAGGAUAGAAAGAAAAUUUUCCAAAAAUUAGUCGUUUUCUUUUCUUCGUUUUUAUUUGCUCAUUCGAUCAUUGCAUACGUAUAAUGUAAACAUCUCACCUUAUUUCUACAGAGCUCGAUUAUCGUAUACACUGAUCCUGCCAUAUUUUAUGAUAUAGAUUAUAUUUCUAUUUUCUCUAGAAAUUCUGAUCAGUACUGAGCGGUAUAGUCAGCUUAAAUAUUUAUAAUCAAUGUAGGAGGAGCUUAAGAAUAUUUAUUUGAAACGGCGGUAUGAGGACGAUAUAAUUGAAUAUUAUCUAUAGUUUUAAAGGAUACGUUUAUUUAUAAUAUAAUGAGCAGCUGCAAAACGCCGUGGUUUUUCGUAUGUUUGGGUAUUUAUUCAAUAAUUCGAUUUCGUUUCGUUUAGUAAUUUAUUAUAAGGACUCUUAACCGAAACUUGAAAUCAUCCACAACUGCAUACUAACAUAUUUAUUAUCCAUCCAUUCUUGUUACUUCAUUAUUUUUAUUGAUACUCAUUGCAUGUAAAUAAACAGGCAGUGAUCACAGUGAGAAUAAUAUAUGUGAAAUAAAAAUUAUUUCUCUUUUAA